GCCUCCGCGCAUAUGCAUCAUGGGAUUAGCGUUCGUGGACGUCCAUCCGCCGUGUUCGUUCUAGAAAUUUUCAGGGAUCGUUCAGGAUUUGAGGCUUUAUUUCCAAUGUUCUGCUUUUUUUCUGUGAUCCGGUGACUGUUGAUUACUAGUAUACAAAAACUGAGGACAUUUUGACCGCACUUUCGUUCUUUCUGAUCAUCACUCAUGUCACCUGGUAACAGUACAGUGAUCAGCAUGAUCAGUCGUCAGUGAACUGGAGUUUAAGGUUAACCACUGCAGUAAAGUUUAACGUUUGCUUUGUGACUGUUUGUCUCAGACAAAUUUGAAGCAAGCUGUUCGUCCCUCAGGCUGAUAGCCAGACAAGAAAUAUCCUCCAGUUGAGAUGGUCAGCCAGUCAUGAAUGCUGUGGUAUCUUUGUGCCAUUUCUGCGAGCUCCAUGGCCCCAGCAUUCUCUUCUGCACCCAGUCGUUCCACACCAACGAGGAGGGCCAACAGACGUUUGACAACAACUCGGGUGCAUCUGGCUCGUCGGGGCACCCCUUGUUCCGCCGGUCAAGGUCGACAGACUCCACUGUAUCCAAUCCCUUGCCAGGGGGUGACCACAAGUCCCCUGCUUCCAAAACAGAGCUAUGCGAGGCCUGCAGGUCAUUCCAGCCGGGCCAGCCAAACUUCAUCAGCCAUGACCACGAGGUCGGAAUCAGUUACAUUAGCACUCAGUACCCACAGAACUCACAGAUUUUCACCAUGGUCAGGCAGGCCUGCAUCAGGAGUCUUAGCUGUGAGGUCUGCCAAGGUCGUGAGGGACCCAUCUUCUUUGGGGACGAGCACCAUGGCUAUGUCCUCAGCUACACCUUCUUCAUGAAGGACAGCCAUGCCCGAGGUUUCCAGCGGUGGUACAGCAUCAUUGUGGUCAUGACAGACCGCAUCUUCCUUCUCAACUCCUGGCCCUUCCUGGUCUCCAACAUGCGCUCCCUGAUCGAGGAGCUGCAGGCCAAGUCCCUGAAGGUCUACGAGCAGGAACAGUCAGAGCACCCACAGCGGGCUGAGCGCAUCAACCAGGAGUUCCUUGCACCAGGGGACUUCUACCGGCGGCGCCGGGGUGGCAGCAAGACCUUCCGGUCCCUGCUGGAGCUGACCAGUGACAAGAACCUGUUCCGGUACCUGCACAUGGUCUUUGCCUGGAUACUGAAGGCUGGUGGAAGCAGGAUGACAGAAAAAGUCCUGGAAGGACCUCCAAAGGAAGAAGCUCUGAUCGAUUUAGACAAUGAAGAGGAGACUGAAGAAGGUUUCAUCAAAGUCUCCACAAUGACCAUGGAUCCGGAUCCUGUGGGAGGGAUAGCAGAAGGCCCAACAGCCAUUCAGGAUAGCCCAGAGGAAUGGCAAGAUGGUGGACCUACCUUCAAGUCAUUGCAUCAUCUCAGGAGACUCUUAGGUAGUUUGAAUUUCCACGAUCUGGCUCACCAUGCCUUAAUUGGCAAUCAGAUCAUAGUCAGAUGUAACUUCAAAAGCACUCUUCACUCCUUCUUUGAGGUCCUCAAGACACUCUUGCCGGUUGGCUGCUGCCACAUCAUCACCUACAGCGAUCACUAUGAGGAGUCCUUCAAGUGCAACUUUCUGGGUAUGUCCCCGAGCACCAGCCUCCCGGGCCACGUCAAGGCCUCAGAGUUCUUCAUCCUCUUGGACAUCAUCAGUCCCAGCCACCCACCCCGGGAAUGCGAGAGGGUGAUUGUCAAGGAAGCAGACCCGUUCCACGGCUUUGGCAUCGCUAUGGUUAGCACGGGGUCCUUGCCUGAUAAAGCACCUACGAUUCUGACCAAGAUUGAGAAUAUCUUGGAUAACAGAAACCUGAAUCAGGAGGUGAUAACAGCCUUUCUGGUUGCUCUUAAAGAGGAAUGGAUGAACAAAGUCAAGCUGCUUUUCAAGUUCACCCGGGCCGGUUCCCACACUGAGGAGGAGACAGAGAGGCUGUUGAAAAUUCUCAAGGCAAAACCAGAGGACAAAUCCCUUCUGAAAUUCUGGAUAACAGGACUCAGUUCUCAGUAUCGCUCCCACCUGCUGACCACUUCCAGCAUGGGUGCUUCUAACUCGUGAUUUUCUGGCAGAACAAGUCUGUUGCGUUUGAGGAAAGAUUACCGCCAAGAGUACCUCUCUUCUCCCAUCAUGGAAUAUUUUGGUCAAAAACUCACACAGGGAGAAAUGAAAGUUCUUGUAGAUCUGAUAGAGUUCUAUUUAAGUCAUUGAGUUACCGAUUGAUUGUCACUGGACCACGUCAUCAGGUCUCAAAUUUCAACGAGACCUGCAAGGUUUAGUGUACUAUAUUGGUGAUACUAAGUUGACAUCAUGGCAAGCAUGUUUGGAGUGACUUUAAUUCACAUUGUGGGUUUUCUGGUUUGCAUGUGUAUGUAUGUUCAAAAUCAAAAUAUGAUUAACAUUGGAAAAGUGCCAAAUUGAGAAAGUAUCAGUUGAAGCCUGUUAAUUCCUUCCGGCUUGUUAAUCAGUGAUAGCUCAUUAUAAAGGUGCAAUUUACAUUUUAAUAUGAUUCAGGGUGUUGUUUAACAUUACUAUAUUUCCAUUUAAGUUAUACCAAAUGUCCUGGUUUACGUAGCAUUUGGCACGGUCCGUUGUCAGAGAGAACAUUCGCGAAUCGUCUUCAGAGAAAGUAAGGCUACUUCCCCCACGGUUUUAUUUCUUUAAGAGUCACUUUCACGAACAGUUUUUGUUUGCUGCUUUUUAAUCACGUCUGGAACGUGUGGCAAAACCUUCAAUCCUGUAACAUUUAAAGUUGCAUGAGAAUAUAUAAAUUAACCUUGAUUGUGGGUUAUAGAAAGGAAAGAAUACCAAAAGGAUUUCUCUUCAGAUGAGGAAUGUUUGUUAUUCACUUCAAUAGAUUUGGUUUAAUUUGAUAUCAUAAUUUUGUACAAAGUGCAUUAAUUUCAUCAAUAAAUGAAACAACAUUGUAGACAAUUUUUAUUAAACAAGAUCUGAUUAAAUAAUGUACACUUUUUGAAGUGUUCAAAAAAAUCCAA